GUCUCCUGUUUCUCGUAUGGUUUCUCCUGACAUCCAACAGGUUACCCCUGACAUCGAACAGGUUAAUCAUCAACCUUUCUCGUAUGUUCAAGAAAGCAAUGAGUUUGUUGGAUCUUUUGGUGCUUCUUCUUCUUCUGUUGCUGCUGCUACUGUUGGAAACCAUUUUGGUUCUUUGUCUGAUAUUCGUGGUAAUAUGGUACCAAAUGUGCCUCCUCCAUCUCAAAGUUUCCAACCAAAUCAUCGCCUGGAUUUCCAAGAUGGAUCAUUUGAACAUGAUUAUUACAAUGUUGGAUCCAGUACUAAUCCUUUCAUAAACCAAUCAAUUGGUGGUGGUUAUGUUGAUAAUUACAACGGUUAUGGCAUGGAGCAAUACAAGUGGAACCAGAGCUUCAACAACACUCUAACCAUGAAUCAUGACGCCAGCACUAGUGGAAGCAGAGGAUCUGACAUGACCAUGAUGCACAACGACAACAAAAACAAGAUCAGAUACAACAGUGUGAUCAAGCAUCCUUGUCAUCUAGAGAAGCAUGGUCCUUAAGACUCUUAACCGUAUUAACUGUUUUCUAUUUAUAAUAAAAUAAAAGUCAAAUGUUUCUCUUUUAUGUUUUCUAUUGGGUUUUUUUUUUCUUUUAAGUUUCCAUCUUUUGUUUCUUAAAAGAUUCAGAAAUAAGUUGCUUCUCUGA